CGCCGAGCCUCCCCGGCGCUCAGCCCAGCCCAGCCCGGCUCAGCCCAGCCCGGCUCAGCCCGGCCCGGCUCCCGGUGCCAUGGCGUGCGCCGAGCGCGGCUGCCGCUGCUGCGCCCAGGGCCGGCGGCACGGCAGCAUCCUCUACAGCAUCCUGCGCAGCGAGGAGCGGGCGCUGCCGCCGCCCGGCGCGGCUCCCCGGGGCUGCCCCUGCGGGUCGCGGCGGAGGGUGGCCCUGCGGAGCCCGCAGGUGGCUUGCAAGGCGGCCUCGGCCGUGCUGGUGAAGACGCUGCGCUUCGUGCAGAACGUGCCCUGCUUCCAGGAGCUGCCGCUGGAGGAGCAGCUGCUGCUGGUCCGCAGCUGCUGGGCGCCGCUGCUGCUGCUGGGGCUGGCGCAGGACCGGGUGCACCUGGAGACGGUGGAGAGCGCGGAGCCCAGCAUGCUGCAGCGCAUCCUCACGGCCCGGCAGCAGGGCGAGCGGGCCCCGGCACCGGCACCGGCACCGGCACCGGGCCGGCCGCAGCACGGCCCGCACUUGCCCCCGGCAGGCCACAUCCAGGCUAUCAAGGGCUUCCUGGCCAAGUGCUGGAGCCUGGACAUCAGCACCAAGGAGUACGCUUACCUCAAGGGGACCGUGCUCUUCAACCCGGAUCUACCUGGACUGCAGUGUACACAGUACAUUGAAGGAUUACAGAGGGAAGCACAACAAGCUCUAAAUGAACAUGUCAGACUCAUUCACAGAGGUGAUGAAGCCAGAUUUGCCAAGCUGAAUGUUGUUCUCUCCUUGUUAAGAUCUAUUAAUGCUAAUGUGGUUGCUGAAUUAUUCUUCAGGCCCAUCAUUGGAGCAGUGAACAUGGAUGACAUGCUUUUGGAAAUGCUUUGUGCAAAAUUAUAAGUAAAAUUAUAAAGGUGUGUAAAAUAAUGAACAGAAGUCCAGUGCAACGAAGUCCCAGAACAGGAUAGUGUAAAGUAUUGUAAAUAAACUAACUUAUUGUUUUUACAUAGAUAGUAUUUUUGUAUUCCAUAAUAAAAUAUUCUUCAAGUUCUGAAAGUAAUUUUUAUUAAACACUGUGGUUUUAGAGUAAGGUUAUGGUCAUCAAAACAAGCUUUAAGGUUGUAGAGAAUGUUCAUGUCCAAAGUCGACUGGCUAUUCUUUUACCAUGCCUCUAAAUAAAGAAUGUAUUUACUAUAUUG